AUGAUGCUCAAAAUCAAAAGGGUUCCUACGGUUCUUUCGAAUUAUCAAAAAGAGGAGGGUUCUGAGGCUCCUCGUUCUGUCGGAGGUUGUGGUCGGAAUUGUCUCAAAGCUUGUUGUAUUCAAGAUGCGAAGCUUCCUUUGUAUGCUUUUAAGAAGACUGACAAAGUUGGUGGAAAGGAUUUGGUGGUUGAGAAGUGCCAAGAGGAGCUUCCUUUUGCCUUUUUGGACUCACUUGUUCUUGGAGAGUGGGAAGAUCGCGUGCAAAGAGGACUUUUUCGCUAUGAUGUUACCGCCUGUGAAACCAAGGUGAUUCCGGGUGAGUAUGGUUUCGUUGCUCAGCUCAACGAGGGUCGUCACCUCAAGAAGAGACCAACCGAGUUCAGAGUCGACAAGGUUCUUCAGCCUUUUGACGGAAACAAGUUCAACUUCACUAAAGUUGGACAAGAGGAGGUUCUGUUUCAAUUUGAAGCUAGUGAAGACGGUGAAGUCCAGUUCCAUCCAAAUGCUCCAAUUGAUGUUGACAAUUCUCCCAGUUUCGUUGCCAUCAACGUUAGUCCUAUUGAGUAUGGGCAUGUUUUGCUGAUCCCUCGCAUUUUCGAGUGUUUGCCUCAAAGGAUUGAUCAUGAGAGCUUAUUGCUUGCACUUCACAUGGCAGCUGAAGCCGCUAAUCCAUAUUUCCGUUUGGGUUACAACAGCCUCGGUGCCUUUGCAACUAUUAACCAUCUUCACUUCCAGGCUUAUUAUUUGGCUAUGCCCUUUCCUAUCGAGAAAGCUCCCACUAAGAAAAUUGCAACUUUGAACGGCGGAGUGAAGAUGUCUGAAUUGUUGAAAUAUCCGGUUCGAGGUCUUGUCUUCGAGGGCGGCGACACGCUUGAAGAUUUAUCAAAAGUUGUUUCAGAUGCUUGCAUCUCCCUACAAAACAACAACAUACCUUACAAUGUUCUUAUUUCUGACUGCGGAACACAAGUGUUUCUGUUACCACAGUGUUAUGCAGAGAAACAAGCUCUUGGAGAAGUGAAUGCUGAGCUUCUUGACACCCAAGUGAAUCCUGCGGUGUGGGAGAUUAGUGGACACAUGGUUCUGAAGAGGAAAAAGGAUUUUGACGAGGCGUCUGAAGCCAAUGCUUGGAGGCUUCUCGCAGAAGUUUCACUCUCCGAAGAGAGGUUUCAAGAAGUCAAUGCUCUUAUCUUUGAAGCUAUCGCCUUUACUGAAGAAUCAGAUGACAAUCCUCAAUAUCUUCCUAAAGAUGAUGGCGUCAACUCUGUCGACCCGAGCAGGUACCCUGCUGUGGUGGCUGGUUCGCAAGAAUGUGUUGUUUUACAGUAA